ACUUCAAGUUUAAAGAUUUACAUAGGUAGUUGUGAUAAAUGAGUAAUGAUAUAAAAAUGAAUGAAGUAUCAAUUAAAAAACCUCUAGAAGUGACCCCAUCAUUAUUAGAUGCAUUUGAAUUAUUAAAGUCACCUAAAGAUGAUGUAAAAUUAAAUGGUGGUGUUAAAAUCAUAUCACGCCUUCUGAACAAUGAGGGUGAAAAAGAUGUCCAAUAUGUCCUGAAACGAUUAAUACGAAGUCUAGGAGCAAAUAUUCCUGAUAUGAGGACUGGAUAUUUUGCCACUCUUGUGGAAUUAUUAAUAAAAUUUGAACAGAUACCAAUAUCACAGUUAUUUGAAUUAGUUAAAAAAGAACUGCAUGCCAAUGGUUCUUCUAAAAGUGAAGUUGGUGAUGUCGCGUUAGGACAGAUUCUUGUAUGCAGUGCUAUAUUCCGUUCAGGUUGCAUGCUGAAAUGCACAGAGGAGGAGCAAAAACAAGUUUUACAGCUUCUAAUGACAGCUAGUACCAAGAAAUCUUACCUCAGUACAGUAGCUUUUCUCUUGCUGAUUGAUUUUAUCAAUGGGCUUGAAGAGGAACAGUUUUCAUCAGUUGUGUGGUCUCAUAUAAAACAUGACUUUAAGAAAGACAUUAAAGAAUAUAACUUGGAUUCUCUUUACUGUCUUUUUGUAAUGAGCACGAAGUUUCCCAAGAAGGUCAAAGUGAAAAAAUUAUUGGCAGUGCCCGAGAUAUUAUGUGAAGAAAAUUUGCAAAUUAUUUGUGAAAAGCUACUGGUAAGUUAAUUUUCUUCCUUUUUAUUUUUGACCAGGAAAAAAGUAAUUAAUAUUGGAUCUGCUUAUGUAAAAUUUUGACAAGAGGUAGAGACUAUAUAUAGUAUUAGAGCAAAACCACACGGUACCAUGCUCGGGCGCGGUAGUGCGAUACCUCCACGAUUGUGGCGUUCCACAUAUACAAAUAUGUGGCUCGGUACAUGUUUCAUGUGACGUAAUGUGAUCGAUGUGAGUGUGUGGGUGCAUGCGUGUGCCGAAGGAGAUGCGGUAUGUUGCAACGCCGCAUCAAUCGUGUGGCAUAACGCCACUGCCCUUGUGGAUUUGCUUUGUGGAAUAUACUAAUAUUUUUUCGAAGUACCAACUUCAUCUGCAUAUGAUGGACCCUAGUAACUAACAUCGAGCAUGUGGUGAAUAAUUGAUCGUGGAAAAUCGAUACAAAUAAGUCCAAUCCAAACCCUAGAUAAUACUAAUAGGAAGCAGGAAUACAAUACGAGUAGUAGUUGGUAGUUAGGUAGGAAGAAGGCUCUAUUUACUUCUAGUAUAUAAUAGAGGUAGUUGUUGGGAGCACUAAGCUCGAAGUUGUUGACGAGUAUGUUUACUUGGGACAAAUAGUCCGACUAGGGUCCAACUUCGACCGAGAGGUCAAUCGACGGAUUCAACUCGGCUGGGCAGCGUUCGGGAAACUACGACACAUCUUCUCGUCAGACAUAUCUCAAAACCUUAAAACGAAAUUGUACAACCAGUGCGUGUUGCCAGUGAUGACUUACGGAUAUGAGACGUGGUCCUUCACUGCUGGCCGUAUGAGGAAGCUCAAGGUCGCUCAGCGAGCUAUGGAGAGGGCUAUGCUCGGGGUUUCUCUGCGUGAUAACCUUAGAAAUGAGUAUAUCCGCAGUAGAACCAGAGUAACCGACAUAGCCCAACGGAUUAGUAAGCUGAAGUGGCAGUGGGCCGGCCAUAUAGCUCGAAGAACCGACAACCGAUGGGGAAGAAAGGUUCUUGAGUGGCAGCCUCAUACCGGUAGGCGAAUUGUAGGGCGACCCCCCACGAGAACGAGUGACGACCUGAUAAGACAUGCAGGAAGUCGAUGGAUGCAGGUGGCUCAGGACCGUGCUUUGUGGCAUUCCUUGGGGGAGGCCUAUGUUCAGCAGUGGACUUAUGAAAGGCUGUAAUGAUGAUGAUGAUGAUGAUAUAGAAGUAUGGAUGACAAAGUGCACACAGUCUACUUGAAAGUAAGUUAAUGCUGCAAGCCAUAGACACCUACAUCUGUUCUCGAUUAAGAAUCAAAUUUAAUAAUAUAUGUUGUCAAGGCUUAGGAUUAAAAUUGAAUGCUUUGUUAUCAGUAAAAAUAGUCUCUGGUUCUUGUCACUCACUAUCCGAAACACUGUAGGUAGUUGUUAUUCUACACUGGUAUUUAAUGCGCUGCUCACAUGCAUAGCAUGGUAAGCACGGGUACAUCUUAGGAAAGGUGUAUAAAGGUUUAUACAGCACUGGAUCUUAAUGGCUAAUAAAGCGAAGUGAAAGGAGACUGACUAUAAUGGGUCAUUGAUGACGAAAAUUCUUAAAUGACAAUAAUCGUAACAAAAAACUGCAUAUUAUAUAGGUAAAGUUUGUAUAAUGCUAGAAUCUGACUCAAUGUUUAGGGCUUUCAAGCUACACUUGAUGAUUUUAAAUUUUAAUAGCUUUCUUUACGGUGAUAUUAUAGUCCCGCAAGUAUUAAGUUUUGACGCAGAUGUUGAUUCUAAUUAAAGUUUCACGAUGACAUUGUAGAUACUCAAAUGGUACUCAUGGUGAGUAUGUGCAAUAUCAUCCCGUCAUUAUAUUAAGGAAUUGAAUUGAAAUCUGUUAGCCUGUACUAGUAAGUUGAAGUUGCUCGAGUAUAUAUUAGUGAUGAUAUAAUGAAUUGCAUGUGGUUUUUUUUUACAGACAGGCAUUGAUUUUAACACAGUUAACCAUCCUAUAUACAAAGAAGUUGGUAUACAUAUUGCUAAAUCACCCUAUUUAAUACAAUUUUGGAAUAACAUAGACAGCCAACUUACCAAACAUAACAGAAACAGGGAACUUGUGUGUAUUAAUUUACUUACUACCAUACUUCUGAACUUGGAAGACAAUGUUCAAGUGAUACCGGAACUCUUAAGUACAAAUUUUUUUAAACUUUUUAUGGAUUGGUUUAAAGGUCUUCAAACAGCUAGCAAAAUCAGAAAUAAGAGGGAUAAUGAAGACGACAAUAAAAUAAUAAUUAAGAAACAGAAGGAAUUACUUAAUGCCUUAGCAAAAGCAUUAAAAUUAGAUACAGUCACUGGAAAAAUAAGAGUAGAAACAUUGAAAAAGCUUUUAUUUAACCCAGGUGAAAUUAAUUUUACCGAAAUCACUGGCACUACUGUUAUCAAGUCUAUUAUAAUAGAUUUGGAUGAAGAUGGUGUCAAAAAAAUCGCCAAAAUGUUAAAAAAUGUUGUCAAAAAUAGUUCCAAGAAAAUCAGAGAAAAUGUUGAACGUAAUUGGUACAACAAUGAAAGAGUCAAGGCUGCUGAACUUCUUUCCUUUUUGGUGAGCCACGAAGCUAUAAAAGAUGACACUGAUUUUAAAAUCACUAAUAUGAAAUUAUUAAUGUGUUUUGGGUUUUUCAAAAUUGGAGGAGAUGAAAAUGUUGUUGUGAGCAGUGAGUUAGCAGGUAAUUUAAGUUGUUUUUAUUAGAUUAAUUUUUUCAUGCAAUUGAGAUAAUAGAAAACGUUUAACUACGCUUUAAUUUUUUCAGGUGCUAUCAAAACUUGUUUUUAUCGUUGCUUUUCAUCUCGAUUUUCGAACGUAGACAACUUAGUGGAUGUAUUAUCUUCAUUAAGUAACUUUAUAUGUUCAAUAAUGGAAAAAGAACAAGUAAGAACUAAAUUGGAAAAACAGUUCACAAAUGAAAACAUGGAAUGCUGGGAGAUGAUCACUGAGAUAUGCCAGAAAAUAAAUAAUGUUAAUGCAAAAUCUAAAGUUGAUAAAGUUUUUCUUAUUUUGCUUUAUCAAAUGGGCUUGUUUUUAUUCUCAGAGCCUGCACAUGUAAAAGUCGCAAGAAGCUCUAUUAAGGAAUUAAAAAGUUGCUAUGAACAUUACAGGAACGAAAAUGAGAUUGUUAGAAAUAAUAAACAAAAUAGUUUGAAUGAGGAGCCUGAAUGGAUAGAAGUAUUGGUGGAAGUUUUGUUAUCUAUUUUAUCAGUUGAAUCCAGUGUUCUUCGAUCUGUUGUUCAAUGUGUGUUCAGGCUACUUUGGGAAUAUCUGACGCCGUCAUCAAUUGGGCAAAUAGUAUCUGUAAUAGAUCCAGAAAGCGAAGCUAACCCACUCACGCAAGAUAGCGAAUCAGAAGAUGAUAAUGAUGGCAAAUCUGACAGUGACGAUAACAAUUCUGAUAGUGAUGAUCAUGACGCAGAAAGGAUGAAUGGUGACGUAAAUAAUGAUGAUGAUAGUAAUGACAGUGACAUUAAUAUGGAUGAUGAAGAUGAAGAUAUAAAAAUACCAGAUCAGUUAAGAAUGGCUGUUCAGAAAGCAUUAGGUGCAGCAGCACCAGAUACUGAUACUGAGAGUAUAGAUGCUGAUACAAUUAAUGAAGAAGACGGAAAGAAGAUAGACGAAGCUCUUGCAGAAGCCUUUAAACAAUUUCAUCAGGUAAAAGGCAAGAAAUCUAAAAAGGAUCGUAAAGAUAAAAAGGCAUUGUCGGAUUUCAGAGUUCGAGUUUUAGACUUAAUAGACAUAUAUAUGGAGAAGGAUCCAGCAAUGGAUGUUUGCCUAGCAAUGAUAGCUCCUUUAACAAGGAGUCUAGAGUUUUGUAUUCAGGACAAUCAAUUUAUUGAAUUGGAAAAUCGAGUCAGAAAAACUAUAAAAAACUUAUGUAAAAUUAGAAAGUUUUCGUCCACACAAGAUGUUACGAUAGAUAUAUUAUGUGAUCAUUUAAAAUCAGUUGUUGAUAAAGGCACUCGGUCACAUUUUAUGUUUCAAGCUUUAGGGGAUGUAAUAACUUAUUUUGCAACAUUCAUAAUUCACUGUUCUAUUAAAAUAACUUCUAAUACGCCUAAAAAGAAAAAACAUAUAACCCCACUAAUUGAUAUUUUAGAAGAUGCCUUGCGUAACUACUUUAAGAAUAGAAACUGUUUGCUGCCUAUAAUUUUCUUCCAUAGUGUUUUACAAUUAGAAUGGGAUGGAAAUUAUGAUCUUCUACCCAUAAUAGUAGACAAUAUUUUCGACAAAGAUGUCAGACAUUUUCGGCGCAAUGAAGGAAUUGAAUUGCUAGCUGGGUUUUAUCGGACCCUUAAAAGAUACAAACCAUCUUCAGAAAAAAUUUUAAAUAAAUUAUCAAAUUUAGAAACUGGUUUUGAGGAGAGGCUCAAAAGUGUUGUCAAGCUUGGUGAAGAUUUCAAAGUUAAAAACAAUUUUGUUGUAUCCUUAAAAAAAUUAAUAAACACCAUGAGAACAUUUCAUGAAAGUUGCCAAAUUGAUACAAAUUUGGAUUUUCAAUAUUUACUUAACAUAUCAGGACAAAUAAAGAGUACAAGCAAAGGUGAAACAACUAAUAACCAAGUUGGACAAAAUCAGCAAAAUUCUCAGAAACC